AGUGGCCAUAUUUUAUGCCACCUGGGUUUUACUUCAAACAGCUGUGUAUUGCUACGCCUCUAAAGUAUUUACCAGAAUACCCUAAAUUUAGUGUUUAUCACAUCAUGCCUUAUUACCAGACGUGGGAAGAAUUUGCACGAGCAGCAGAAAAACUUUAUUUGACGGACCCGAUGAAGGUCAGAGUGGUUCUGAAAUAUCGACACUGUGAUGGAAAUAUCUGUAUGAAGGUCACAGAUGAUGCUGUGUGUUUACAGUACAAGACCGACCAGGCCCAAGAUGUAAAGAAAAUCGAGAAACUGCAUGGGAAGUUGAUGAGAUUAAUGGUCUCCAAAGAGACCCACAGUGGUUCUAUGGAAACGGACUGAAUGAAUCAAAGAACCUGUUGGGAUUGGACAGUUGUUUGUUAUUCAAUCUUACUGACAAUGAAGAGAGACGGAUCUACAGGAGGAUGGAGAUGAAGUUUGGUUGAUGUGUAACUGACUGUAUACUGAGAAUGUUGAAGAUUAUGCUCGUUUGGAGAGCAAGCAGCAAGACAAGAGGAAACACCCUAUACAAGAUGCUGAUAUUUGUGUUAUUCUGGAGGUCGGACAACCUUGUAAUGGUUAUACAGUAGUUUCAGUUGGUCUGCCUAUUAUUAAAUGUUCGGAAAAAGUGGGUUUUAACUGCACCAACAUCAAGGGAAUACAUUUCGAAACAGGACCUUCUUCAUUUGGAUUUCAUUGCAAUCUAGUUUGUAUGUCUAUGCAUGAUGUACAUUUGAACCUAAAUAAAUUUCUCUUUUUUUUUUCCAUCCUA